AUGGAGCGUCCGGAAGACGAGAUGACCGGCAGCGUCCCGACGUGGCUGGAGCGGAUGUUCGCCGCCAGCAAAUUCUACGAUCCCUGCGACUGCAAGGACCGCUGCUCGAAGCCUGCCAAGUACUACUGCAUGGCCUGCAUGAUCGUCGUCUGCGAGGAUGGCAUGGAGCAGCAUCACAAGAGUUCCGGCCACUCAAUUUUGACGGCAUACAAGUCUUCGGGGGUGGCCGCGUUCAGAAUAGAGGACCUGAAACAGGUGUGGUGUUGGUCCGGCAUCCAGCGGUACACGAUCAACCGGCGGGCGAUCGUGUACGUCAAUCAGAAAGGAGGAGCCCAUCGCACGGGCUCCUCCAACGGCGACGCCAAGUGCAGGACUUGCCAGUACAAGAUCUUAGCCCCAAACAACUUCUGCUCAGUGGAAUGCAAAGUGAAGGCUGUUUUGAAGAAGAUUGAAGAGAAAGAAGAAGAAGAGGCUUUGAACCGAGCGAAGAGGAAGCCGGAGACGACGGACGGCGAGAGCCCUAGCGACGCUCCGAAGAACGUCGCUGCAGGCGUGUCUUUCAGGAAGCGUCCGAGAAAGCAAUCCAAUCCCCAGAGGGCUCCCCUCUUCUAG